CUCUCGAGAACCCAGGCGUCCGACCAUGGAGUCUCCGGACUACACGGUCCCCGGUGCCCCGAACUUCGCGCUCCCCGGCGCGGCCCCGGCCCUCUGGCAUUCUCGGCUGCCGCUGCUCCCCCUGGAGCCGGCUGCCCCUCAGACACGCCCUUGUGGGCUCCAGGGUCGCAGCGUCGGCCCCUGGGGUCCCGCCCCCCGGGCUCACGGCCGCUGGGGGGCCGCGAGCUUGUCCCGGGCUGUUGGGGGCCGAGAGGACUGGCGAGCCUCUACCUUUUUUCUCGACACGGAUGGAGAGAGGGUUGAAGCAGAGGGACCCUGGGUUCCAGGCACACGAAGAAGAGGGUCUGAGAAGUGACGAAUCCCGGGAUGGAGGAGAGAAACAAGUAGGGGCUGGAGGGCUGGGACGCCGGUGCCCCAAGAAGGGCCUAAAAUGCCCCUUUCUCCCCUUAAGGAACAGAGAUAGGGAAGAUGCAACAACUCUUCAGCCUGGAGUUCUUGAGGACGAGAGGGUUCCGGGCCUGGCUUCUGGAGACCUGCCCCCCAGCCCUGUUUUCAAGCUCCCUUCGGGCCCCCCACCCGAAAGGCCUUUUCUUGUCUGGCCAGGCCAGCCAGCUGCCUGUGAGAUGAUGCUGGGGCUCCAGAGACUGUGUGGAUCAGGCCAGGUCGAGGGGGAGGAGAAACUUACAGGAAUAGGUCUCAGGACAGCUUUUUCAGGGUCCAGGCCUUUUGGUUGCCACCAGUGUGGACUGACUGUAGCUUGUCUCCCGGAUCUGAUUCACCACCAGAGUACCCACCCAGGAGAGAAACCGUACAAGUGUCCUGAGUGUGGGAAGGAGUUUCGAAGGGGCUCAGACCUAGUGAAGCACCACCGUGUACACACUGGGGAAAAGCCAUACCCUUGCCCAGACUGUGGCCGUUGCUUCAGCCUUAGCUCCAACUUGAUCCAGCACCGAAGAUCACAUACUGGCCACAGGCCCCACAAAUGCCCUGACUGUGGUGAGGGCUUUGGCCGAAGCUCAGACUUGGUAAAGCACCAAAGGGUCCAUACAGGUGAGAAACCAUAUACUUGUUCUGAGUGUGGCAAGAACUUCAGUGUCAGCUCCAAUCUCAUCCAACACCAGAGAACUCAUACUGGAGAAAAACCAUAUAAAUGUGCAGACUGUGGAAAGAGCUUCAGCCUAAGCUCUAACCUGCUACAGCAUCGGAGAUCACACACUGGGGAAAAGCCCUAUAAGUGUGCUUGGUGUGGGGACAGUUUUGGCCGAAGCUCCUAUCUGCUCAAACAUCAGCGUUCCCACACAGGUGAGAAGCCCUAUAACUGUUGUGAAUGUGGCAAGAGCUUCACUAAUAGCUCUGACUGUCUACGCCAUCAGCGGACCCACAAUGGUGAGAAGCCCUUCAAAUGCCCUGAUUGUGGUAGAGGCUUCAGUGAGCGUUCCCAGUUCACAGAUCAUCAGCGAAUUCACACAGGAGAGAGACCUUAUUCCUGUUCAGACUGUGGCAAGAGCUUCUACCACAGCUCUAAACUUAUCAAGCACCAGCGUUCUCACACAGGAGAAAAGCCUUAUAAGUGUCCUGAAUGUGGCAAAAGCUUUGUGGAUAGUUCAAACCUCCUUCGGCACCGACGGACCCACAUUGGGGAGAAACCAUAUACUUGUAGUAUCUGUGGAAAGGGGUUCAGUCAGAGUUCCCAUCUACUUAUCCACCAGGCAGCCCAUAGUGGUGAAAAGCCUUAUGUUUGCCUUGAUUGUGGGAAGGCUUUUGCCCGAAGUUCUAAUCUGGUCCAGCACCAGAGAACCCAUCAGGGUGGGCGUCCCUAUAAAUAUCCUACCUUUGGUCAGAGUUUUGACCUUGACCCUGACUUUGUUCAGGACCUUGGGAACUCUUCAGGAGCCGACUUUCUCUGACCCUUAGCCAUUAAAAGUGAUAUAGCCCAGGCCAGAUAUAUUCUGGGUCUCACUGGGGGUGUCCUUUAUGUCCUAGAACAUACUUCCUAUUUUGGGGCAGGGACACAGAUUCCGAGUUUCAAAUAUGAAGACUUCCUCCAUUCCUCCUACCCUGUUAGAACUUUCAGUUAAUUGAUGGGCUAGACUUUAAGGACUAGGAAUACAGGGCUAGGAAAAGAAAAGACUGAGGGAACAUCAUAGCUACUUCCAAAAAUUUAAAGGCUUUUAUAUGGAAAAGUCAUUUGAAAUAGCUCCUGGUGGCAGAACUAAGCCCAAUGAGGAGUUAAUUAAAGCUAUCUGUUUUUACAGUGGGUCUGAGGUAGUUAGUGAGAGCUUUAAUUUCCUGUUAGCUUUAAUUUCCUGUUACCUUCUCUAAGCAGAGGCUAGAUGACCAUCUGGAAUAUCAUAGUGGAUUUCAUUCCACUAGAAUGGAGGUUGGAAUAGAUUACCUAUAAGGUCUUUUUUCUGAUUUCAUGCUCUAUGAUUCUGUUACUAAGGCUUUGGCAGGGUUUUUAGGACACAUUUAGGCCUAAGCUAAGAUGUCAGGAGUCUUCACUGAUGCUAUGGGAAGGAGCUCUCUGUCAUAGAAGGGAUUAGAUUGAUACUCAGGCCCAACUACAGAGGGCAAAAAACGAGUGGGAUAGUUCUCAAGUGCUCAGCACCUGAGCCUUUAAAGCUUCGAUAUUCUUGGAUUCAAGGGAAGAUGGGUAACUGAAGGUUCCUCUGUUGUAUUGGCCCUUAGCCAAACUACAUGAAAUUUGUUUUCACUAGCCUUAUUGACCUUUCAGAGUUCUUAGGUUGCUACCCACUCACAAAAAGAUGUUUAUAUAUAUAUAUUUGCUUCAUCACAUUCAGAUGUUGAACAUUUUGUGUUCUAUUUCCAAGGAAUAGUUGUAGAGCCUUGGGAAGAGUAGUGUUUAAAUCAGAGGGAUGAAUUGCUAAUGAUGAAAUAUAAUCUAGCAAUGAGAUAUUUGGGGACUUAGUGGAGGACCAUUUGCAGACCUUCCCAAGGAACAGUGUUUCCAGUCACAGAUCCAGCCUAUCGCUAUUUCUUGAUAUUAAUACUCCCUCCCCCCCCCUCCCCCCCAAUUUGCCCAAUGUAAAAGUCUUGAGAAAUUCAAGGGCUGGUGGUACUGAGGCUGAUUAUGUUCUUCCAUCGAUCUCCAUAGAGACUGCCCUGGGAGGUCUGGAGUGAAUAUGAUAGUUCUGGGCUGUUGCCCUGGUAUAAGGAGAAGAGGCCCUGGGAUCUUUGGAUUUGGGGAGGAUUUUGAUUUGGCCUUUGGCAGUGUUUGAAUGUUUUGGUUCACAGAGCAUAUACGUUGGUUCCCCAAUAAAGAUGAUAUCUGUGACUGAUUAUUCUUGCUUCAAAUUCACUCAUCCAUCUUAUUUUUCUCUAGAGGCUUUUCCCUGUACUCCAACAAAAUGGGUUAGUGGGGCAGGAUAUCAGUGAAGUUAGAGACUCACUUCUGUCAAAUAUUCUUCCUCUGGCCUCAGUGGGUAUCUCUUUCUAAGGCAAGAAAAAGGGUAUUUGUGGUGACUGCUAUUCCCCUGUCUCCCAACCUCUGUAAGAGCCUUCUAAACCGUAGAAGUUCCACUUACAUUAUUUGGCAUUUCCUCCCAGGAGUUCAGAAGGAAGGAGUGUUGUCUCCAUUAUAUAGUUGGGGAAGCUAGUGCUGUUUUCUCAGAUGGUAUUUGGACAGGUCCAAAUCUCCACUGAAGGGUAGAGUUCUAGAAAGAACACUAGAUUGGGAGUCUGACCAGAAUUCUAGUCUCUAUCUGACAUUAAAGAAGUCUCCCAUUUAACAGAUAAGGAAACUGAAGGAUCUAUUUUGGAUGUUAAUGGGCAUUAACUGAAAAGCAUAAAGUGCUAUACAUGUAUAAUGGAUUAAUCUUGUUUGUACAACACUGUAGCAUACUAUAUAUAGUAUUUUGCAUAUGUCACAUAUGGUAGCAUAUAUCACAAUAUAUUUUCUCAGGACAGAUAUUCUUUAUUUUGUAGAAAUAUGGGUACUGCCAGAAUGGUUGGGAAGACCAAAAUUUAAGGAAAAGAAAAAUGUUUGGGACGGGGAUGAUUUAAUUUUGAAAAUAAAAUAAAAUUGUAAACAGGA